GCGACGACGACGAGCGGAGGACCCUCCUCGCGCGCCGCUCUAUCGCACGGCGGAGAUGAGGAGGCGGCGAGGGCCCGGGCCAUCGGGGCGGUCCCUAAGGACAACUUCCACGUCGCGUACCUCGUGUACUUCACCCUGGGGGCCGGGUUCCUCGUCCGGGAACGCUUCAUCACGGCUGUCGAUUACUUCGAUUACCUCUAUCCGGCGUCCCCGGUGGACCGAGUCUUCUCGGUGGUCUACAUGCUUCUCGCCUCCUCCUCCUCCUUCUCAAUCGUCGGGUGGGCCCACAAGUCGAGCGCGCCGGUGAGGAUCAACGCCGGGCUGGUGCUCUUCGCGGUGGCGCUCCUCGUCGUGCCGGUGAUGGACGCGGCGUAUGUGAAGGGAGUGAGGGGACUUUAUUCGGCUUACGAUGUCACCGUCGCCGCCGUUUUGCUCUCCGGGAUCGCGGACGCGCUCGUCCAGGGAGGGGUCAUCGGGGCCGCCGGCGAGCUCCCCAAGCGGUACAUGCAGGCUGUCGUUGCCGGCACCGCCGCUUCCGGAGUACUUGUUUCAGCCAUGAGAAUACUUACCAAAGCCAUCUAUCCUCAAGAUGCUGAUGGUUUAAGAAAAAGUGCAAACCUCUACUUUAUUGUCAGUAUUGUGGUGAUGGUCAUCUGUCUUGUUUGCUACAAUGUGGCAGACAGGCUUCCUGUUGUCCAGUAUUAUAAAGACGUUAAACUGCAAGCUCAAAAAGAAGAGAAUAGUGAGAAAGGUUCCAUGACUGGAUCUGCUUGGAGGUCAAGCUUGUGGGAUAUUGUAGGAAGAGUCAAAAGUUUUGGGUUUGGAAUCUUUCUUAUCUAUGUUGUUACUCUGUCCAUAUUUCCGGGAUAUAUCACAGAGGACGUGCACUCUAAGGUUCUUAAGGACUGGUACCCAAUUGUGCUUAUUGCUGGAUACAAUGUGUUUGAUUUGGUUGGGAAGUCUUUGACUGCAUUCUAUCUCCUUGAGAAUGCAAGUAUUGCACUUGCUGCCUGUGUUGCAAGGCUGCUGUUUUAUCCUCUGUUCCUGGGUUGCCUCCAUGGUCCUGAAUUCUUCCGAACAGAAAUUCCGGUCACGGUAUUGACAUGCCUUCUGGGGUUAACAAAUGGUUAUUUCACUUCCGUUCUGAUGAUUCUUGCGCCAAAAACUGUGCCAAUUCAGCAUGCUGAGACUGCAGGGAUUGUAAUUGUUUUGUUCCUAGUGAUUGGCUUAGCAGUUGGUUCGAUUGUAGCCUGGUUUUGGGUCAUUUAGCUAAAUUGUGCCAUAAUUUCCAAAUGCCUCAACUCAAGGCUUGCUUUAUCUAUGCAUCUAUUAUAUUUGAUGUAAGACGCAUCUUGAGUCUGGUACAGUGAUGCUCUAGUGAUGCUUCAGAAUAUAAAAUUGUAUGGUGAUAGUUGAUAAACUGUGAUGUCUGUGCUAGUCCAUUCGACUCUUCAAUGUAUGGAUGUUCCAUUCUGUAUAUACAACCUUCCCGUUCUCUUAUUUUAUUUGUCAAGGGAAGCACUAAGCAGGCAUAUUAAGUGUUUGAGCCAUGGAUGCAACGAUCUGCUA